GGUGCUGUAGGCAACGUCUUAUGCAUCAAGACGUUUUUCCGUCUUGGAAUCUCAGACGGCGUGAAUCUGUCCCUGCUGUCGUUGGCAGCGUCCGAUCUCUUCUACCUCAUCUCAGCGUUGAUCAACACCAUCAGCUUUAUGCUCCAUAGUGCUGAGGAACUCUCACUCUACACGGUUUGGUUCCCUGUUGAUCCGGAAGCGAUCUUCUUGGUCUUCGCCAGCACCGGAAGUAGCUUCUACGCCAUCUCAAUGCUCGUGACGACGUUCAUCACCGUGGUCCGAUGUCUGGCCGUUGUCCAGCCUUUAAAAUACAGAAAUUUGAUCUCAAGACAAACCACCGCCAUCAUCAUAUCAAUAUUUACCCUUGUGAGCAUCACGUCCGCCAUUUUGGUGGUAGCGUUAGCGGGUAUUCCCCCUCCAAUUGACUCCAAUAGCAACACAACAAGACCAACUCUGCUGUUCUUUCCGGAAAGAGUGUUGAUGAAGGACAUUAUUUAUGGAACAAGAGACAUAAUCUUACCACUGGCCUCUCAAAUAAUAGUCGGUCUUUGCGUCGUCAUUAUGGCCAGGUACCUCCGAAAAGCUUCUAUUUUUCGUCACAAGCAUUCUAGAAAUACUGCUAUGAACACUCAAAAAAGUAUUUCUAUGAUUGGAAAUCUUGUUCGACGAAAUGUUAAAACUGUAACUGAUCCUGAAUCAGCCAAGGUGGUUGGCAAAGAGCUUCAAGUUGUUCAACAGAUGCUGCUCAUAGCCGUAGUCUACAGUUUGUGCAACAUGCCAAAAGUUGUCUUUAAUAUGACACUGAUUAGUGUGCCUGACUUCUACAGUGGUGGCCGCUACAGUGCUGUGUAUUUUACCAGCAAUAUUAUAAGAGAACUAAUUCAGUCGGUGAACGCCAGCGUGGACAUUUUCAUUUACUGGAAAUAUAAUUCAAAGUUUAGGAGUCACUUCAUUCGUCCCAAAUGA